AUGUCGAUGCCCAGCUCGGGGCAAUCCUCCAAUCCCAACCAUAACCACAGCCAAAACGACCUCCCUUCAUCAUUUUUCACCACCCUUCCACCACCUCUAUUCUUCUCCUUCACUCUCCUCUCAACCCUUUUCACCCUCUCAACAACCACCACCACCGCCACUGCCACUGCCACCCCUAACCAAGAAGCCAUUGCACUCUUCUCAUGGCUACACACCUCUCCAUCACCACCACCUUCUCUCUCAUCAAACUGGAAUUCACUAGACCCCAACCCAUGCAACUGGUCUUACAUAACUUGCUCUCCACAAGGCUUUGUUUCAGAAAUCAAUAUUCAAUCACUCUCUCUUCAGCUUCCAAUCCCCUCCAACCUUUCUUCAUUCACACACCUUCAAAAACUCACAAUUUCCGAUGCAAACCUCACCGGAACUAUCCCAGCCGACAUCGGAGACUGCCAUUCCCUCAACAUUAUCGACCUUAGCUCGAACACCCUUGUGGGUCCCAUCCCAGCAGCCAUUGGAGACCUUCAAAACCUCGAAGACUUGAUUCUGAACUCAAACCAACUCACCGGAAAAAUCCCAGCUGAGCUAAGCCACUGCCAAAACCUCAGAAACAUUCUUCUUUUCGAUAACCGUUUAGGUGGGUCUAUUCCUCCAGAAUUAGGCCAGUUAUUGAGCCUAGAAGUCCUCAGAGCCGGCGGGAACAAGGACAUGGCCGGAAAAAUCCCCGACGAGCUCGGAAACUGCGGCAACCUCACCGUCUUAGGCCUUGCCGACACCAGAAUUUCAGGGUCUUUACCGGUGUCGCUGGGUAGGCUUAGCAAGCUUCAGACAUUGUCAAUCUACACUGCAAUGCUCUCCGGUGAAAUACCACCGGAGAUAGGUAACUGUUCUGAGCUUGUGAACUUGUAUUUAUAUGAAAAUGGUAUUUCGGGUUCAAUUCCAUUAGAGCUUGGGAAGCUUCAAAAGCUCGAAAAAUUGCUGUUAUGGCAGAACAAUUUCGGUGGGGUUAUUCCAGAAGAGAUUGGAAAUUGUAGUAGUUUGAAAAUGCUUGAUUUCUCUUUGAAUAGUUUAUCUGGGUCUAUACCUUGGUCCUUUGGAAGACUUAUUGAGCUUGAAGAGCUUAUGAUUAGUGAUAACAAUGUCUCUGGUUCAAUUCCUUCUGUUCUUUCAAAUGCUAGAAAUCUUUUACAAUUGCAACUUGAUACAAAUCAGAUUUCUGGGUUGAUUCCUCCUGAGAUUGGAGGGUUAUCAAAACUUCUUGUGUUCUUUGCUUGGGAAAACCAGCUUGAAGGAAGCAUACCUUCAAGUUUGGCUAGUUGUAGUAGCCUCCAGUCACUGGACUUGUCUCACAAUUCACUCACUGGUAGCAUACCACCAGGCUUGUUUCAACUAAAAAAUUUGACUAAGCUUCUCUUGAUUUCUAAUGGUAUUUCGGGUUCGAUACCGCCGGAAAUUGGUAACUGUAGGUCUCUGGUGAGGCUAAGGUUAGGGAACAAUCGAAUUGGUGGUGAAAUUCCUAAGGAAAUUGGGGGUUUGAAAAGCUUAAACUUCCUUGAUUUGUCUGGAAAUCGCCUUUCCGGGCCUGUGCCAGAUGAGAUUGGAAGUUGCACAGAAUUGCAGAUGGUAGACCUUAGCAACAAUACACUGGACGGUCCCCUGCCUAAUUCAUUGUUUUCUCUUUCUGGGCUGCAAGUUUUAGAUUUUUCGAGUAAUCAAUUCGUGGGUCCUAUUCCAGCAGGGUUUGGGCGACUAAUUUUGUUGAACAAUCUUAUUCUGAGUAGGAAUUCAUUCUCAGGAUCGAUUCCUCCAUCGCUGGGCGUCUGUUCCAGUCUCCAGUUGCUUGAUCUUAGCAGCAAUCAGCUCUUGGGAAACAUCCCAAUGGAAUUGGGUAAAAUUGAGGCCCUCGAGAUUGCUCUCAACCUCAGUUGCAAUGGACUUACUGGACCUAUCCCGACUCAAUUGUCUGCACUCAGCAAGCUUUCCAUACUAGACCUAUCGCACAAUAAGCUUGAGGGAGACUUGAGUCCACUAGCCGGGCUUGGCAAUCUUGUCUCUCUCAACAUCUCUUACAACAACUUCAGUGGUUAUCUUCCUGACAGCAAGCUCUUUCGACAGUUAUCAGCAUCAGACUUAGAUGGAAACCAAGGCCUAUGUUCAUUUGGCCGUGACUCGUGUUUCUUGAGCAAUGCCCCUGGAAAAGGAGGGAAAAGUGAAAAUGAUGCAAGGAGGCUUAAAUUAGCAAUUGCAUUGCUAACCACUAUGACAAUUGCAAUGGUGAUCAUGGGAACAAUUGCAGUGAUUCGGGCACGGAGGAGCAUUAGAGGUGAUGAUGAUUCAGAAAUGGGAGAGUCAUGGCCUUGGCAAUUCACUCCAUUUCAGAAGCUAAAUUUUUCAGUUGACCACGUGUUGAGAUGUCUAGUGGAUUGCAAUGUGAUUGGAAAAGGGUGUUCAGGAGUUGUUUAUCGUGCUGAUAUGAACAAUGGUGAGGUUAUUGCAGUGAAGAAGCUUUGGCCAACAACAAUUACAGAAGCCAGUGGUUGUAAAGAUGACAAAUGUGGAGUUCGAGAUUCCUUCGCUGCAGAGGUGAAAACACUCGGCUCUAUACGACAUAAGAACAUCGUUAGGUUCUUAGGUUGUUGUUGGAAUCGAAACACAAGAUUGCUCAUGUAUGAUUAUAUGCCUAAUGGAAGCUUAGGUAGUCUCUUACAUGAGAGGCAGGGAGACCCCUUGGAGUGGGAAUUGAGAUACCAAAUUUUGUUAGGGGCUGCACAAGGACUUGCAUAUUUACACCAUGAUUGUGUCCCUCCUAUUGUUCAUAGGGACAUCAAGGCCAAUAACAUCCUCAUUGGUCUUGAAUUCGAGCCUUACAUUGCAGACUUUGGGCUUGCCAAGCUCGUCGAUGAUGGUGAUUUUGCUCGCUCGUCCAAUACAGUAGCAGGUUCCUAUGGAUAUUUUGCUCCUGAAUACGGGUACAUGAUGAAGAUCACAGAGAAAAGCGACGUUUAUAGCUAUGGUAUAGUUAUGUUGGAGGUGUUGACAGGGAAGCAGCCAAUCGAUCCAACGAUACCAGAUGGACUCCAUGUAGUGGAUUGGGUGAAAAAGAAAACGGGAAGUACUGAUGUCCUAGACCCGAGCUUACUAUCACUGCCUGAAUCCGAGAUUGAGGAAAUCAUGCAAGCAUUAGGCGUAGCGAUAUUAUGUGUAAAUUCAUCCCCCGACGAAAGACCUACAAUGAAAGAUGUGUCUGCAAUGCUCAAAGAAAUCAAGCAUGAAAGAGAGGAGUAUGCAAAGGUUGAUGUGCUCCUCAAAGGCUCUCCCGCAGCCAGUGCUUGCAAAAAUAAUAACGCUACUGGCGUUCCGGCAACAUCAUCAUCGACACCAACAAUGAGAAGUUUGUAUCCAAAUAGCAAUAACACAAGCUUCUCAGCAUCCUCAUUGCUGUAUUCAUCUUCCUCUGAUACCAAAGUGGGAUUUAAGUGA